UUUCCCUGAUUUCUGUCGGGGUCAUCGCCUGGUCUUUGGCUCUGGGGGGUCAUUCUGCGCAUAUUUUAAUUUUCACCUUGUUAUUCCUUGUUGACGUUCCCCUUCCCAGCGUUCCGGCGUCAGGUGGUGCUCCUCCACUGCCCCUUCAGUGACGUAGCGGAGAGCGGACAACCGGAGCUCAACCAGUCAACUGAUCGGCCCAGCUGGUUAAUCUGUGGACCAUAACAGCUCACUACAGGCGAUCAUCCUGGCGAAUUAUAUUAUAUCUUGGACUUUAUAGCUGCUGCUCGUUUCCUGGGGCUGCCCCAAUCCGCCAUCUCCUUGGAUCUCACCCUGAGUUGACCAGUGUUUUGAGCGGCGGUAAACAGCACACACUAUGACUGGGUUUAAUGGCCGACACAGAGCAUCGAUAGACAAGCGAGAUUUCGAUACGAAUCGGCCCCUACUGGAUGGACAUGGCGGUGGCAUAGAUGGAACUGAUCACGACAAUAAUUUCUCCCGCCCGGGGUCGAGUCUCUCCAAUGACGGCGAAGACGGCUUACUGAACAAUGUGGUUGACGAGAUUGUGGAACGAGACCGUCGAAAGAUGGCCAAAGAAGUGGUACGCAUUUGCAGCUUUGCAUGGGGGGUGAUCAGUUGCCUGGGAGCCGGGAGCAUCACUGCCUUCUCGUUGUACGGACCUUUGUUCCUUACCCGCCUUCACUACACUCAGCUCCAAGUCAAUGCGGUCUCGAUUGCUGCCGAGGUCUCCAUGUACCUCCCCGUUCCGUUGUUUGGGUAUCUCUGUGAUCGGUACUCGCCACGGCCUUUGUCUUUAUUUUCAGCAUUGGUUUUCGGGGCAGGCUAUCUCCUUGCUGCAUUUACCUACAAGAGUGGCCCACCCUCCGAGAGAGGCGGAGAGGGAUGGCCGUUUGGAGUGAUGGUAUUAGCAUUCGUGGCUAUCGGGAUGGCCACGAGUUGCAUGUACCUGGGUGCGGUUACGACAUGUGCGAAGAAUUUCGGCAGAGGAAAGCACAAAGGCAUUAUGCUUGCUGUUCCUAUCGCAGCAUUCGGACUCAGUGGUAUGUGGCAAAGCCAGGUAGGGACGUACCUAUUAUGCGAAUACCUCGAGGACGGCAGCCGUGGGGAUGUGAAUGUAUUCCGCUACUUUCUCUUCCUCGGUAUCUUGCUAUUUGGCAUUGGAAUUGUCGGCGCAUUUGGAUUGGUGAUCGUGGAUGAGGAAGAUAAGUACAUCGAUGAGGCAGUCGACGAAUUAGAACGAAGUGGUCUCUUGGGACAGGACGAUUUCUUCCAGCCCCGAAGUGAAGUGAGAGCGGCGUAUGGAACCUUCGCACAAGACGAUGGCGAAACGACAGACGACGAGCGAACAUUGAACCAGUCAGAAGAGGAGCGAGAAGCUGCAAGGCUUGAGAAAGAGCGUGAAGAAGAGGAGCGCAGAAAGAAGGACUGGUUGUUGAACUACGAAACCAAAUUAUUUCUGAAAGACCAGACUAUGUGGUGGCUUGCAUUGGGAUUUUUCUUGGUCACCGGCCCGGGGGAGGCAUAUAUCAACAAUCUGGGUACGAUUGUUCAGACUUUAACGCCUGAAUCCAACCCUCCAAACGUGCCCUCCCCAGCAGGCCUACCCUCGACACAUGUCACCAACAUUGCACUCACUUCAACGCUAGCCCGACUACUCACCGGGUCUCUAUCGGAUCUCUUCGCUCCCCCAGCAAAUCACCACUUUGUCGGCACCGUCGAAGAAGGCUCUGUGUCCUCCUCCGGGAAACGCUUCACUCUUUCACGACUCUCAUUCCUUCUCCCUUCCGCUCUCCUCCUAUCUCUCGGCUACCUCCUUCUCUCGUCCCCACUAGUCAUCGAUCACCCGCAACUCUCUCACAUUACUACCGCCUUCAUCGGCCUCGGCUACGGCAGCGCCUUCUCACUUGUCCCGAUCAUCAUAUCCGUCGUCUGGGGCGUCGAAAACUUCGGCACGAAUUGGGGCAUCGUGGCCAUGGUCCCUGCCGCCGGCGCCGCUGCCUGGGGUGUCAUCUACUCACGGGGUUACCAAGAUGCGACGGAUGGCGGAAACGGCUCUCCUGACGGCCAAUGCCACGGCUGGCGGUGCUUCGGCUUCUGGGCUGUUGGAUGUACCCUGAGCGUAUGGGUGGCUAUCAUUUCAUGGGCCAUUGCCUGGCGGUUGUGGAGACGAAAGAAGAUUGCUGUUUGAUUUGUUCACCUACUUCAUGUUGAAACACAGUUUGGUAUAGCGUACAUGAUCUUCGAGAUUGUUUUGACAUGGUUCAGCAUAGACUACUACUUCGAACUUAGGUUUAGCUAUCUUGGCGUGAUUGAUUUUCAGAUUGGCGGUUCUUGGAGUUUUCGACUCAUUAUUCAGUGAGCCAUACCAGGGCAUUGCAUGGUAUGGCAUUUAUCGAUUUUAUAGACAGUUAUAUACUGCAAUUUACUUGCUUAACGUUAAC